AUGUUGAAGAAACCAAUAUUAAUAGGGUUGAUACUUUUAACUACUAUCAUAACUCUAAUAGAAGUAUUAUAUCUAUCUUUUAAUGAUAUUUAUUAUGAGUUAAUAUCACCUAAUUUUCAUUUAGAUCCAAAAGUUUCAGAAAUAUGGUGGAAUAAAAUAUUUAAUGAAAUCAUACAUAAUAAUACUAAAAGUUAUGUAGAUAAAAAGAAAUUGGAUGUAGCGUUAAUGAGUCAAACGGUGCUCAAAAAACUACCAAAAUGGAUACCCAAAACAUUAUAUAAGGAAAAUUCAAAAGGUUUUGUAAUUUAUGGAGAUUCAUGGUUAACAUAUUUAAAUAUUUUACAACUUCGAAAAAUGGGAUCUAAAUUACCUAUUGAAUAUAUGCUGGUAAAUCAUAAUGAAGAGUUUUGUCAGGAAAUUUCAAAAUAUAAUGCAAGAUGUGGGAAAAUAGAAUUAAGUAAGGAAAUCUAUGCUACUUGGCAACUUAAUGAUGAUAUUUAUAAAAGUUUAGCUAUUUCACAAUCAACAUUUCAUCAUUUAAUAUAUCUCAGUGCUAACUCGUUCUUACUAAAGAGUCCAGAUAAGAUAUUUAAAUCACCAUUGUAUUUGAAAAACCAUUUUAUAACCUGGUCAUCUUUUGAAAACAAAGAUUCUAUAAAUUCAACAUAUUAUAAUUUACUUGGUUCACUACCUUCAUUAAAAUCGUUAGUCAAUUUUUCUAAAUAUCCAUUAAAUACCAAAGUUGAUUCAAGUAAGGAUUUGAAAUAUUAUUUGAUCAUGGAUGAAAAAUUUGGUAUGAAUUUGAACUCAGAUCAUAUGAUUAUAAACAAGGAGAAGAAUGGAAAGAAUUUAUAUACUUCGUUAUACUUAAAUUUAUUAAAAUUGGCUAUAAAUUCAAAUAAUUUAUUGGCUAUAAAUUCAAAUAAUUUAUAUGGUAUAAGUAAUUUAAUAACUAAUAAGAAACUAUAUCAAGUUAAAGCUGUACCGAAACUUAAAGAUGGAGUUGGACAAUUAUUUAAAGAUCCAAUUAUUGAUUACGAAUUAUAUACUGAGAAUAGUAAGAUUGAAGGUGAAUUAAGAGAUAUUAAUAAAUUGAUACACACUAUGAAUACUAAUGAAAAUCCAAAUUUUAUAUUCAAUUUGAAAAGUAACUUGAAUCCAAUUGACUUAAAGAAUGAUUUUACUAAGUUUAAUGUCCAAUUUGAUGUUAAUAACCAACGGACUGAUCUUUUAAAGUUUCACUUGAAUACAAUGAAAGAUGUAUUCUGCUCUAAAAAUAACUUGUCUCCAUUAUUUCCAAUAUUUAUAAAUAAAGAUCACCAUAAAAUAAAAGAUGCCUGUCAAUUUAUUGAAAAUAAAAUACCCGAAAUGUAA